AUGGCUCAAAAAAGGAAGAGGUGCAAUCAAGCACAAACAGAUGAAACUGAAGGACCAAUGGUUGAUUCAACAGAUGAACCGGAUGAUAUCAACUUGACUGCCCCAAGUACUCAGACCCAUAAUGCGACUCAAGCCAAAUCAACCAACAAGGAGAGACUAGGUCAGCUUCUCAACACCAAUAGAUUUCAGGAUAUCAUGGAUUACAAGUUAAAAAAUUUUAACCAGGAUGGAAAACCAACAGGAAAUGGCCACAUGUGA